AGGCGUGGCUGAACGGUCGUCCCACCUUUGACGGCCUCGGUCCCCAUCCCGGGGUGGGCAGCAGAGUGUCUGGAUCAGCCGUCCUGUUAACCUUUUCUGCGCGAGCUUUGAGCCCUUUGGAGGGCUCUUUUUUCGGGUGGAGGCAAGCAGUGUUUGAAGAGUGAGGGACAGACCUUCCUCUUCGCUCCCAGCUAAUUCACUGCAAUAUUGGCCGCAGCAAGGUAGACGCUGGGAGGGUCCUGCGCCUGUGAGGUCUUUCAGACUCUCCUUAAACAGGGUUCGGGGCCAGGCGCCCCGUUGUUGAUCCAGAAUAGGCUCUGGGAGAGGCCUUUGUCUCCCAGCCCCGGUUUCCCUUAGUCUGGGUUGUAACUCAACACCAUAGAUGCUGGUGCCAGUAUCGCCUUUAGCACCUCUGAACCAUGUCCAGCAGCGCUUGCUGCUCCUGGUCAUAGGACUUGCCGCUCCUUGGAGCCUGUGGGACACACUUAAGAGUUCAUGUACCCAGCCCUGUGGGGGAACGUAUUUCCCAUGGUAUCGUUUCAUACCUUGGUGACCCAUUCUCCUUUAUUUUUUAAGAUCCUCCUGUCCACUGGGCACUGUGGGCAGAAGGGUAAGUGUAGCAGCUUAUGUAAGAGAGUGUGUGUGUGUGUGUGUGUGUGUGGACAUGCACUGUUUGGCCAUUACACAAACACAGGUUUAGCUCUUGGGUUAUGAGCGUCAUACAACUUUGAGGCAUGUGUGGUGGAGCUGACCCAAGUUCCUUUUCAUGCCCGAGGAGGGGACAGGGUGUGGGUCUGUCUGUGCUGUGCAGCCCUGAGAGGAGUGGAGGAAGGCCCAGGCUGAUGAUAGACCCUCCAUUGGCCCAGAAAGCCCACCCUGCCCUGUCACGCAGAGCCCAGAAGGAAGCAGAGCCUCAUGCCUGAGCCGAGGGCAGCACCAUGGAUCUGACAAAGAUGGGCAUGAUCCAGCUGCAGAACCCCAGCCACCCCACGGGGCUGCUGUGCAAGGCCAACCAGAUGCGGCUGGCCGGGACUCUGUGCGAUGUGGUCAUCAUGGUGGACAGCCAGGAGUUUCACGCCCACCGGACGGUGCUGGCCUGCACCAGCAAGAUGUUUGAGAUCCUCUUCCACCGCAACAGUCAGCACUAUACCCUGGACUUCCUCUCGCCAAAGACCUUCCAGCAGAUUCUGGAAUAUGCGUACACGGCCACGCUGCAGGCCAAGGCAGAGGACCUGGACGACCUACUGUAUGCAGCCGAGAUCCUGGAGAUUGAAUACUUGGAGGAGCAGUGCCUGAAGAUCCUGGAGACCAUCCAGGCCUCCGACGACAAUGACACAGAGGCCACGAUGGCUGACGGCGGGGCCGAGGAGGAAGAGGACCGCAAGUCUCGGUACCUCAAGAACAUCUUCAUCUCGAAGCAUUCCAGCGAGGAGAGUGGGUAUGCCAGUGUGGCUGGACAGAGCCUCCCUGGGCCCAUGGUGGACCAGAGCCCUUCAGUCUCCACCUCAUUUGGUCUUUCAGCCAUGAGUCCCACCAAGGCUGCAGUGGACAGUUUGAUGACCAUAGGACAGUCUCUCCUGCAGGGAACAGUUCAGCCACCUGCAGGGCCUGAGGAGCCAACUCUUGCUGGGGGUGGGCGGCACCCUGGGGUGGCUGAAGUGAAGACAGAGAUGAUGCAGGUGGAUGAGGUGCCCUGCCAGGACAGCCCUGGGGCAGCCGAGUCUAGCAUCUCAGGAGGGAUGGGGGACAAAGUUGAGGAAAGGGGCAAAGAGGGGCCUGGGACCCCUACUCGAAGCAGCGUCAUCACCAGUGCUAGGGAGCUGCACUAUGGGCGAGAGGAGAGUGCCGAGCAGCUGCCACCCCCAGCAGAGGCUGGCCAGGGCCCCCCCGGCCGACCUGAGCACCCCGCGCCCCCAGCUGAGAAACACCUGGGCAUCUACUCUGUGUUGCCCAACCACAAGGCUGAUGCUGUGUUGAGCAUGCCGUCCUCAGUGACCUCGGGCCUCCACGUGCAGCCUGCCCUGGCCGUCUCCAUGGACUUCAGCACCUAUGGGGGGCUGCUGCCCCAGGGCUUCAUCCAGAGGGAGCUGUUCAGCAAGCUGGGUGAGCUGGCUGUGGGCAUGAAGUCGGAGAGCCGGACCCUCGGGGAACAGUGCAGCGUGUGUGGGGUCGAGCUCCCCGAUAACGAGGCCGUGGAGCAGCACAGGAAACUGCACAGUGGGAUGAAGACAUACGGAUGUGAGCUCUGCGGGAAGCGGUUCCUGGAUAGUUUGCGGCUGAGAAUGCACUUACUGGCUCACUCAGCGGGAGCCAAAGCCUUCGUCUGUGAUCAGUGCGGUGCCCAGUUUUCGAAGGAGGAUGCCCUGGAGACACACAGGCAGACCCACACAGGCACAGACAUGGCUGUCUUCUGUCUGCUGUGUGGGAAGCGGUUCCAGGCGCAGAGUGCGCUCCAGCAGCACAUGGAGGUCCACGCGGGCGUGCGCAGCUACAUCUGCAGCGAGUGCAACCGCACCUUCCCCAGCCACACGGCCCUCAAGCGCCACCUGCGCUCACACACAGGUGAUCACCCAUACGAGUGUGAGUUCUGUGGCAGCUGCUUCCGGGAUGAGAGCACACUCAAGAGCCACAAGCGCAUCCACACGGGCGAGAAGCCCUACGAGUGCAAUGGCUGCGGCAAGAAGUUCAGCCUCAAGCACCAGCUGGAGACGCACUAUAGGGUGCACACAGGUGAGAAGCCCUUUGAGUGUAAGCUGUGCCACCAGCGCUCCCGGGACUACUCGGCUAUGAUCAAGCACUUGCGAACGCACAACGGCGCCUCGCCCUACCAGUGCACCAUCUGCACGGAGUACUGCCCCAGCCUCUCCUCCAUGCAGAAGCACAUGAAGGGCCACAAGCCCGAGGAAAUCCCGCCCGACUGGAGGAUAGAGAAGACUUACCUCUACCUGUGCUACGUGUGAAGGGCCGCCUGGCCUGGAGCAGGGCGGGGAGCAAGGAAAGAAGAGUAGAGCGAGAUGGAGGAAGGACUGGGUGGGGGGGAAGGAAAAGGAAAAAAGAAGAAGGGGGAGAUCUGAUAACUGUUUGGCCUUGGAUUCUCUCUGGGGCUCCAGGCGCCCUGGAUGCCCCAGCCGCUGCCCCUUCCCUGAGAGCCUCCGCCCUUCUUGCCUGGCUGGAGGUUUGCCUGAUUUGGGGGUGGGGGCUGAGGGUGGUUUGUUUUGUUCACUCAGAUGGUGGCAUAUUUUUCUUCUCCCUCAACCCAGACCCCCUUGUUAUGUCCAGAGAUGGAGGCUAGGCAGUGGGUGAGAGGUCCUCUGCCUGCCUCCUCUGAAGGUGACCCGAGGGGAGUGGGGGGGCCUCCUCUGCAGAUGUGGGGGCUGAGGCACCAGUUGGCGCUCAAAUGGCAGCUCUGGUUGACUGGAGGAAGAUUUGGGCGGGGAAGGGCUCUCUUUCUCUUCCUAGCACUCAGUCCGUCUGCUGCUCCUCUGCUCUGCCACACCUGGUGUCUCCUUGUGGCCUCUGAAAGCUUCAUGGUCCCUGUCCCCUGCCCACUGCCCCCUCUCUUUGCUCCCAGUCUCCCCUUGGCUCCUGUCCUCCACAUCCUGGGGAGCACCCAGCCCCACGUCCCCCUCCACUUCCCUAGUGGGAAAGCUACAUAUGACUCCAGAGCUUCUCUCACUCUUAGCCUUCUGAGGACACAAAACUAAGUAAAUCAAAUACCCUACCCCUUUUCAAGCCGUGAUGGGCAAGAUUCCUGCUGAGCUGCUUCCAAAAAGGAAGAACGUCUAAGUAAAUAUCUAAUAUCCUACCAGACAGAACCCCCUAUUGCCCUGUGUCAGUCUCUGGGCAAAGGAAUCCAUGAAGGGGCUCGUGGCCCUAAGUAAUGUGGUCAAUCUCUGUCUCCAGAUGGGCCCUACGCCUGGAGAAGGGGACAUCCUGCCCAGGUUGGGGCUGGCUGGUCAGGGGAGGAAGAUGUCGAGUCACCCUGGGGACCCCAGAUGCAGUGAGCUCAGCGGGAAAACCCAGGUCCAGGGAGUAGCACAGAGUUCCCGACUCACAGGGCCCCUCAGCCCACGGGGAGGGGGGAGGAGGAGUUGAAAGCGCUUUGGCCUUGCGUUACAUUUUGCUUCUGUUUCCGUGUCCCCUUUUAGCACAUUGUACUUGAAUUACCUCAGUUUUUUGUGACCUCAUGAGCUUUUUUAACCUCUGUAUCUCUUUUUUGUUGUUGUUGUUGGGGGUAAAAGGAAUGGGGAGGGCAUCCUUUUCUGUUUCUUGUGUAAAUGAAUAGUUGUUUUUAUAGACUUCAGCUGGCCAGGGCCACCCCAUGCCCCUGAAGACCAGCCUCCAGCGAGAAGGAGCUGUGUGAAGGGGUUGACACACAGUAUCUAAAAGUGAGGGCUGGGAGGGGAUGGUACAUCAGCCCUCACUGCCCCCUUGGAGCACUCGGGAGUCACCCCUGGGCUCUGCUUGGAGCAUGGAGUCACCUGUGCCCAGCAGCAGUUCCGCACAGAACACUCUAUUUGCUGGGUUGUUCAAGCUGGAGGGUGCGUGCUAUUCAGAUUCUUGCAACUGUACCCCAACUCUACGUGCUUUAUCAUUGCCAAAAUUGGGUCUUUUUCUCUCAGCGGGCCAGGGGGUGAAGCGGCCUUUAUUUUGUUGUGUUGGGGUGGGGGUGUUAUUUUUCUAAAAGCUACCUCUUAUGUUUGUCCCGUUAUUCUUUGGUCCCUCCUUGCCUCCCAUUCUGCUGCUCUCCCCCCCCCUCCUUUCCCCAAGCUCUCCCCCACCCCCUCCUCCCUAAUUUUGGAAAGCACAUUUGCAAUAUCCGUUGUUUGCUUUGGGACGGGCCCUCCGUUUCAUCUCAUGCUUUAUGUGUCAGAGUUUUUUAUUGUUAUUAUUAUUAUUUUCUUUUUUUCCUUUCUCUCGCUGAGAAAGUUGUGGCUGCGUUUUGAUCUUAGGUUUUAAAAAGUGGUUUAGGGAAGCGGUUUUGGGGAGAAGGGUUGUGAGGAGUGUAGGGAAGCUGGAGGGAUGGGUGCUGCUGUGACUUACCCCCCGUCCCUCAGCUCCAUCCCUCCUGCCCUCCCCUUCAAUCUCGUCCACCAAAUCUGAAGGCCUUAAACAUUGUGUGUUGGGGGGGGGGAUGUGAAUUGGGGGAACUGUGUCGCUAGACUGUUGAUGAGGGAUGAUAAAGUAGGGAGUAUGCUAUUUUGCAACUAUAAUAAUGAUGUAGUGGUUUUGGAAAGGAAAAAAAAAGUUAAACUUGAACUAUGCGACUAGAACAGUUGUCAUGUCUACAAUGUGAAAAGAGUGAAAUCGCUUGGGGGAGGGGCAGUCUCUAAGAAAUCAUUAUGCACUAGAACUUCCUUCCCCAGUCUGGGAGGCAGGGAGGCCUAGCUGGCCCUCAGGGGGAUCUGUAAAUCCCAGAAAACAGUAUUUCUAACAGCAAGAUGUUGUUCAACUUCGGUGGGGAAGGAAAAUGAAAAAACCAAACUAUUCCAUAGAACUAGCCGGCCCCCUUGCUCCCCUGCCCUCUACACUCAGCCUGGGUCCCUCCCCACCACCAUUCAUAGAAGCUGAGAGGGUUGAGCUAAUCUUUACAAAUUGUAAUAUUUUUGUAAUAUUUGUUAGUUCCUUCGUCAGUUCCACAGUCCCUUGCCCUUUCCUUUUGUAAUGUGAAUAGAACAAAAAAAAAAAAGACAAAAAAUUCACUACCACCACCACCAAAAUGCCCCCCUGUGUGUGUGUGUGUGUGCACGAGUGCCUGUGUGCUUUGUGUGUGCGGUUGUGAGUUACAUCAUGCAGUGUUGUGAUCUGGUGUUGCGGCAUUAGAUGGUACUUAGUCAGCACUUGCCUGCCCCCCACCCCCAGGCCCGAGGGGAGUGUGGAUUCUAAGGAUGCCUAGACCGGGGAUACCCCUGUGCUUGCCAUGCUGCCCCCUCUGCUCUCCAAGAAGACACCCGAAUACAGUCCAACAACACCUCUCUUCCCCAGCUACCUACUCACAAAGACAAAACAGUUCUAAAGUCGGCAAGGCCUGAUGGCCAAGGGGCGAGGUAAAUCAGAAGGCUUUAGAUAGGCCUGGAAUGGAAGGGGUGGGGCAGUGGGAGGAAGGGGGUGGCUCUCUCCCCAGGCGAGAGCUUAGUGUCUUCACUGCCCUCUGGCUCUGUGGCCACCUCGCUGCCCUUGGCUGCGGUCCUGCUGAGCACCCUGCCUGCUGCUGCCUUAUCCAGCAGAGCAACCCUUCUCUAGCCUGGGAAGUCCUAGUUAAAGGUCCCUUUCUCAUGUCCAGCUCCUACAAGUCUGUCCCUUAAUGCUUCUGGUGAAAUUUUCCCCUCAUGCUCUUUUCCCCUGCUCACUCCUUCACUCAUUCAAAGCAUUAAAAUCCUACGUAUAUAUAGGAUAGACAAAUAUAUAUAGAUUAUAUAUAUAUAUAUAUAUAGCGAGAGAGAUUUAAGAUAGUAAAUAUCAUUGCUGCUUGGGCUGCUUUGGAGAAGGAGGCCAUGAAUAUGGGGAAGGCGGAUCUGGGGCACCGGGGUGGGGAGGGAGGCUGGGGGCCCCCAGUGAUUCAGUACAAUCCAGGGAUGUAAUGCGGGCUUGUUUAAUCUUUGUGCCUGAACAGUUUUUCCAUGUUUAGAGAAAAGAAAAAAGAAAUUGCUGCAAUUUUUCACAAGUGUAUGGUACCUUUCUGGAUGCUGUUGGUACAAGUGCUGUGGGCGGGAGGGGGCCAGGGGCUUCUGCCUCCUCGUGGGGGAGUGAGCGGAGGGGCGGCGGCCUUGGGAGUCUGUCCAUGAAGGGUUGUAGGGGGCGGAUUUUUGGCCAGUUCUCUGACAAGCCAAACUAGGG